AUGCAACAGCAUAUGAGGUUAGGACAGUUCCUCCGGAAGACAUACGUCGACGAUCUGAAGUUUUUAAGCCCAAGAUAUUCAUCAAAAGAGAUCUACGUUCGGUCGACGGACAAGAAUCGAACCAUCAUAUCAGCGAUGUCAAAUAUGCUAGGUAUGUAUGGCCAGAAUAACGGUCAGGCUACUCCUGGUCUGGAUUAUCCAGAUGACAACGGUUGGCCGACAGGAUUCGUUCCGAUCGCUAUUCAUACAGUUGAUGAUGACACUGAUUAUAUGUUAAAUCCUGACGCUCCUUGUGACCGGCAAACUUAUUUGUGGGAUAUGGCGAAAACCUCUCCAGAACUUCAGGCAUUCCAAAAUAGGCAAGAUGUUGUUAGUAUGCUUGCCAAUUUGACUAAAUUCUGUGGUGAAACAAUUGAUAUCGAUAAUCUAUGGGUAGUAAGAGACGCGUUAUUCAUCGAACAGUUGCAUGCGAACGACACUCUGCGAAUGGUGAACAAGUGGUUUAGUGAUGAUCUCUAUAACAAAAUGACCGAUAUCAAUGAUCAUGUGCAGAUCUAUCAAAAUGGCGUCUUUAAUGGAACUUUAAUGAUGAAUAACCUUGAUAUUGGAAAUGAGAUACAGAAAAUCCGAGGUGGAUCACUAGUCAAUGACCUCAAUAUGCACAUGAAUAUCAAACUACAGUGCUUGAAUAAGACUGGUUCCAACUGUACGUGGAUCAACGGCUUGAAAUACUAUGUCUACUCAGCGCAUGACGACACAAUUUAUGCGCUUCUAUCCAUAUUGGGUAUUGAGACGAAAGUUAUGACAUCACUUGGAUAUCCUGAUUACUCGGCAGCUACAUUUAUUGAGCUAUGGAGGAAUCGCACCGAUAGUCAGCCUUACUUCAAGCUCACCUACCAUCAAAAUGACGGGAAUGUGACGCUUUACCCAGUCACGCAUAUGAUUGAACCAUGCAAAGGAUUAUUAUAUUGUAGUCUGGACAAGUUCCAAGCGUUCGCAGAUAGAACAAGACCAGAUCAACCGAUGAGCCAGUGGUGCAACGUCGAUCCUCGCCCCGCCGAAGGCUCGUCAAACUCACCGGAGAUCCUUUUGAGCAUAGGUAAUUCCAUUCUUUAUGUGAAGAACAAGCUCUAUUGGCUGAGCGAACAAUAUCUCAAUGAUAAAAACUACGUCAAAGUUGUGAAUAAGCAGCUUUUGUGGAAAAGCUUAAGGAAAAACAAAAAAGGAUACAACGCUCUGAGUAGCUCAUGUCAUAUUCCACGCCUCACCGCAAACGUUCAUGGAUCUAAGAACUAA